AUGUUUGAGCGGGUGCUGGGGAAGGCAGCUCACCCAAUCAAUAGUGCCCUCGUAAUCCUCUUCAUCGAGCAAAAUGAAAAUGGCGUCCGGUGCUUGGAGUGUGGAAUGAACUUCUCUGAUCAAACUCAAUAUAAUAUCCAUUUUGGAAUGCACAGUGGAAAGAAGAUAGGGGAGAAAUCUUUUGAAUGGUCAGAGUGUGAGAAGAGAUUCCAUGAUAGUAGCACUCUUCAACAGCAUCAAAGAACCCAGAUAGGGGAGAAAUCUUUUGAAUGGUCAGAGUGUGAGAAGAGAUUCCAUGACAGUAGCCCUCUUCAACAGCAUGAAAAAACCCAAACAGGGGAGAAACCUUUUGAAUGCUCACAGUGUGGGAAUAGAUUCAGCAGUAGGGGCAACCUUCUACGGCAUGAAAGAACCCACACAGGGGAGAAGCCUUUUGAAUGCUCAGAGUGUGGGAAAAGAUUCAGUGACAAUAGCACUCUUCCAAAGCAUCAAAGAACCCACACAGGGGAGAAGCCUUUUGAAUGCUCAGAGUGUGGGAAGAGAUUCAGCAGCAGUGGCAAUAUUCAAAUGCAUCUAAGAACCCACACCGGGGAGAAGCCUUUUGAAUGCUCAGAGUGCGGGAAGAGAUUCAGUCAGAACGGCACUCUUCAACAGCAUCAAAGAACCCACACAGGAGAGAAACCUUUUGAAUGCUCAGAUUGUGAGAAGAAAUUCAGUGAUUGUAGCACUCUUCAACUGCAUCAAAGAACUCACACAGGGGAGAAGCCUUUUGAAUGCUCAGAGUGUGGGAAGAGAUUCGGACACAGUAGCACUCUGCAAAAACAUCUAAGAACCCACACUGAGGAGAAACCUUUUCAAUGCCCAGAGUCUGGGAAGAGAUUCAGUCAGAGUAGCACUCUUCAAAAACAUGUAACAACCCACACAGGGGAGAAGUCUUUUGAAUGGUCAGAGUGUGGGAAGAGAUUCCAUGAAGGUAGCACUCUUCAACAUCAUCAAAAAACCCCCACAGGGGAAAAGCCUUUUGAAUGCUCAGAGUGUGGGAAUAGAUUCAGCAGUAAGGGCAAUCUUCUACGGCAUCAAAGAAUGCACACAGGGGAGAAACCGUUUGAAUGCUUAGAGUGUGGGAAGAGAUUCAGACAGAGCAGCAGUCUUCCAAAGCAUCAAAGAACCCACACAGGGGAGAAGCCGUUUGAAUGCUUAGAGUGUGGGAAGAGAUUCAGCAACAGUCGCAGUCUUCAGAUUCAUCUAAGAACCCACACAGGGGAGAAGCCGUUUGAAUGCUUAGAGUGUGGGAAGAGAUUCAGCAACAGUCGCAGUCUUCAGAUUCAUCUAAGAACCCACACAGGGGAGAAGCCGUUUGAAUGCUUAGAGUGUGGGAAGAGAUUCAGCAACAGUCGCAUGAGCGCGGAGGGCGCCGGAGCAGCGGGCGAGGCAGUGGUGGCCAUGGCUGCUGAGGAGGGCUCGGGCACGCUUGGGCGCUGCGGGGAGGACGCCCCCCACCCCCUCGACCAUCCCCGCUGCUUCUUCCGCCGCCCCCACCACAACCCCCAGCUGGCUCAGAGGGCGGCGGUGGCGAAUCAGUGA